AUGCAUGACGAAGACUGCAGAUUUGGCCUGCGUGUUAAAAAUAAGAAAAAUGAAAAGUGGAUCGCUUAUGGAGAUGAUUAUCUUAUUAAGACUGGAGAUAAAGAUAAUUUUCAACGAGUCGUCAAGGCAGCAAAUACAUCUGCUUAUCAAGUGAUCCAAGCAUACCAAAAUCCUGAUCGUGAGAUAGACGUAAAUGAUGUGCUGAAUCUGAUACCAUUUGUCGACCCUGAUGCAGUCAACAAUACUCCUUUGUUCCAGGUAAAAGAUGGUAAAUUACAAGUUCGUGUUAAUCUGGACGAUCUGCAGAGUAAAGAGAUCUCACCAGACUGGACUGGAGUAGGAAGACUUGCAGAACUUUUUGUCUACAAACCUACAAACUCUGCGUUACCACCUGCCUAA